ACUUGACACUAUAGUGUGCAACAGGAGGAGGAAGGAGUGGUGUGGGAAGGAAAGCGGAUAUGUCUGCUGUGCCGGCCGAGCUGUUCCAACCUGCCUUUAAGCAGGGCUCGCCCCUCUGGUGCAUCGUCUGCGCGGGCAUCCUCGAUGAUCCGCAGCGGCUGCCUUGCGGACACGUCUUCUGCAGAGUCUGCACCUACCAGCUGUGCGAGCUGGCCGACCCGCCGCUCUGUCCGCUGGAUCGCUCCACCUUUUCGCUCGGCGCCGUCAUGCCCGACCGCAACCUCCGCGCCAUCAUCGACGAGCACGACUGCAAGUGCUCCAACGCUGCUGCCGGCUGUGACUGGCUUGGCGAGUUCCAGGCUCUGCCCGAGCAUCUCCGGACGGCAUGCAUGCUGGCCAACACGGCUUGCGGCCAGUGUGGCGCAUCCGUUCUCCGCUCCGCCAUCGAGUCCCAUGCCGCUGCCUGCCCCAUGCGCCUCGUCGUCUGUGCCGUGUGCGGCGACGACUCUGUCCUCGCCGCCGAGCUUGAUGACCACGCCGCCUCCACCUGCCCGCAGGCGCCUGAGAGCUGCAAGUGUGGCUGGCACGGUGUACGCGCCGAUCUUCCGCUGCACGAGAGCCACGAGUGCCCCGAGAAGCUCGUCCCCUGCCCGUAUGCCCGCUUUGGCUGUCAAGUCUCGUUCCCGCGCCGCGAGACGGCGGCGCUCGACGACCACGUUGCCUCAUCCGCCGCCGACCACCUCCUAGGUGUCGUCUCCAUCGUCGACGAGCUGGCCAAGGAGAACGCUGCCGCCGCCGCUCGCAUCGAGAAGCUCGAGGCCCGCCUUGCUGCCGCCCCGCCGCGCCCGGCAACCACGUCGCGCUCGCCGCCGCGCGCCGGCAGCCACCGCCGCACUACCCCGCCAUCGCUCUCCGACUACGCCCGCUACCGCCGCGGCGAGUCGACGAGCUCGCUCUCCCACCUCUUAUGGUCGCCAGCGCAGCCACCGCAGCCGGCCGCGCGCGACACCCUUCCGCUUGGCUUCAACUACGACGGCCUCUUUGGCGGCGCCGCGCCACACGACACCCUCAUCGAGCCGGCCAACCGGCAGAUCAUCUCCGACUCGGAUGAUUCAGACUCGAGCGAGAUGGAAUCGCUCGUGAGAAGCCACGGCUUGGCGCCGUGGCGCUUCCCGGCCCUCUCAGACUUCCAAGCCGCUGUCGUCCGCAUCAUCCUCGCCUGCCAGGGCCCAACCACCGGCGUCUCCUUCCUCUCCAUCUCGCACCAGAUCUCGCAGCUCCCGGCCGCCAUCGAGCAGGACGCCACCAUUCUCGACACUAUCUCCUUCCUCACCUCGGCCGGCAUCCUCAUCCAGAUCGACGACGAGUACUGGCGGGUCUCACGCGACUACGCCCGUGUCAUUGGCGCCGCCACCGCCGCCGCCUCGCCUUCGGCCGGCCUCGCGACGAGCUCCUCGCCCUCGCGCUCAAGCUCGCGACGCACCGCCUCGCCGCGCUCCUCGCCGCGCUCCUCCUCGAUCCGCGUCCGCCGCCGCUGACUUUGGCGAACUGCUCUCGCUUGUCUUUACAGGCCGGCAGGCAAGCCGGCGACGUCGCCCUGCUCGGUGUACGGCGUGCCGUUGGCGUUAAACGCCAGCUGGUACUUGAGAAGGACCGGCGCGGCGCCGUGCUUUGAGUUGAGCAGGUGGAUAACCUGCGUCACGGCCCCG